CAAGGGGACAGAGAGACAAUUCAGCAGCUUAUCAGAUGGACGACUUCUGUAUCUGAGGUUUAAAACACAAGAGACGAGGAAAUCAUCCAACAGGUGCAGUCUGCAGGGACGCAAAGGACCACUAAUUGCUCCAUGAGGAAUCGGGGGCCAUGACGCUGAUGGGGCUCCGUCUCCUGGCACUGGCCCUGUGGGUUGGUGUUGGGGUAAAGCUCCAAGUUCUGGGCGACCAGAUGAAGCCGACCCGGGCACCUCUGAUCCCUCACCGACCUUUUGUUGUAGUGUGGAACGCUCCCACUGAGUCCUGCCGCCUUCGAUUCAAGGUGGACCUGGACCUCAGCGUUUUCGACAUCGUAGCGAACCUCAACGAAACCCUAAGCGGACCAAACGUCACCAUAUUCUACCACAGCCACUUGGGAUACUACCCAUACUACUCCAACUCCGGAGUCCCUAUCAACGGUGGGCUGCCGCAGAACCAGAGCAUCUCCAAACACCUGAGCAAGGCCCGGGCAGACAUCGACAAGCUAAUCCCCCACAAGGAUUUUCGAGGCCUGGGUGUCAUCGACUGGGAGAACUGGAGGCCUCAGUGGGUUCGAAACUGGGGCUCCAAGGACAUCUACCGCAACAAGUCCAAGGAACAGAUCCGGAAACUUCACCCGAACUGGCCGGAGAGCAAGGUGGAGAAGGAAGCAAAGGAAGGUUUUGAGAGGGCUGGGCAGACCUUCAUGAACCUGACCUUGGCCCUGGCUGAAGGUCGCAGGCCGGACGGGCUGUGGGGGUUUUACCUGUUCCCAGACUGCUACAACUACGGGUAUAAGGAGCACCCGCAAAGGUACACCGGCGAAUGCCCCAACGUUGAGCACGUACGCAACGACCACCUGAUGUGGCUUUGGAAGGAGAGCACGGCCCUCUUCCCGUCCAUCUACCUGGACUACGAGCUCAAGUCCUCCUCCAACACUGUCAAGUUCGUCCACUAUCGGGUCAAGGAAGCCAUGAGGAUCGCGUCCAUCGCCCGUACAGACUUCACAUUGCCAGUGUUCGUCUACUCUAGACCUUUCUAUGCCUACACAUUUGUGGUUCUUUCAGAGAGCGACCUGAUUCACACCAUCGGGGAGAGCGCUGUCUUGGGAGCAUCGGGUGUCGUCCUCUGGGGAUCAUCAGAGUAUGCACGAACACAGAGGAACUGCCUGACGGUGAAGAAGUACAUCGACGGUCCGCUGGGACAUUAUGUAAUCAACGUCACCUCCGCCGCCAAGCUGUGCAGCAAAGCGCUUUGCAAGAAGAACGGCAGGUGCGUCCGCAAGAGCCUGGACUCGGGUGCUUACCUGCACCUGAACCCACGCUUCUUCCACAUCCACCGCAACCCGACGCCCAGCAGGGGACCCCGCUUCCACGUCAGCGGCCACCUCAACAACCACGACAUCCUGGACAUGAAGCACAAGUUCACCUGCCAGUGCUACCAGGGCUGGACAGGUGUUUACUGCGAGAUGCCCCAGGCUCCACCCCCUCCUCCUCCUCCUCCGCCACCUCAGCCCGCCUUCCCUCUGCCUCAUCCCAAGGAGAACAGCCUGCUGGGAGAUAUCCUGUUCCUCCUAUCCUUUCAUUUCUCCUGUCUGUGUAUCAUCCUGUUCCUGGGACUCUGUCUGAUUAUCAAGUGUCUGAUACUUGAUACAGUAUUAGCCAGACCUGAAGUGUGAUCCGCUGCAGUUCCUCUAACGUCCACAAGAAAACUGUAUUGAAAUGAAUAGGAAAACCUUUAACUUCUCUCUACAAAUAUCAACAAAUACAAUCAGUUCUCAGUA